AUGGGGGAACGCACUAAGAGGACAGCGGCGAUCGCGUCCACAGGAAUUAGAAUCGCCUCGAUCGUCUUUCUACGAUGGGUCGCUUUACCCCCUUUUCUUCCGAUAAUUUAUACACUAUUUGCUAUAUAUCUUCCAUCCUUCAUCUCGACUUACGCGACCGAAUCUAAAUACGAACUUAUUGACGAAGUCGAUAUAGUCCUUAAGGAGGACAUCUUGAAUAAGGAUGAUAUUGCUAAUGGAACAACUAAUGAAGCUGUCGUAGUUGAGGAGGUUGAUGUUGAAGAGACAGCAGAAAUCGUGAAGAAGCCUCUGAGUCCCCUUAGCACCCUCUUAAAAGGGACCCCGAACCCGAAUAGCUUUUUCUUGACGGCAUUAACAUUCUUGCUCAAUGCUGCUUGUGUCGCGAUGGUCACUGAUAUGGUAUACACACCCCGGUGGUUCCAUCCCAGUCAUGACCUUUCUUUUGCUCGUCUUGGAUACGUCUCAGACAGCGAGGCGAAACUACUGAUCCGGGAGCCCGAUCAGACAAAAAUGCCCGUCACAGUUCAAGUUCAUAUUAAAGAUGCACAGCCGCCGUUUGACAACCCUCUGUGGCAAACAGCUGGUAGUAUUCUUUCGACGACUAACGAGACCGACUUUACCGCGGUAGUCAAUAUUCCCCUGAGCCAUUCUAAGCAGCGAGUGUACGAAUGGACCACCUCGAACAAUCACUCGGGUGAAUUCACAUCUGCUCCUAAGCCGGGUUCCCUGCCAGAGCUUUUUGAUGGCAAAUUUACCUUCCUCUCUACCUCGUGUAUUGUUCCACGUCUUCCCUAUUCUCCGUUAGAUCACCCCUUAGCUUUCCCAGGCAUGAAACAUCUAGCGAAAGUAUUACCAAACCUGGGCGCACAGUUUAUGUUAUUCCUUGGCGAUUUCAUUUACAUCGAAGUACCUCAGCGAUUUGGCGACUCCGUUGAGAAUUAUCGACAGAAAUAUCGCCAAGUCUAUGCUUCACCCGACUGGCCAGCUGUAGGCCAAAAUCUUAGCUGGAUUCAUGUUCUUGACGACCAUGAAAUAUCCAACGACUGGGAUUCGAAGUCGACUGGUGUAUAUGAAACGGCCGUAGACCCUUGGCACCAUUAUCAGACUGCGGUGAACCCUCCGGAGGCUAAGAAGGCCGGAGGUCAGGGCAUCGUAUCGCGCAAAGGAGCCACAUAUUUCUCGUUCAUUCAAGGACCUGCCAGCUUCUUCAUGCUUGACACCAGAAGUUAUCGCUCCAAGAACUCAGAGCCGUUCGAUAGCGAAAACAAGACGAUGCUUGGCGACACGCAACUCGAAGAUUUCCUUGACUGGGUGCGCCGCCCAGAACCCAAAGGAGUUAAAUGGAAGAUCGUUGCCAGCUCUGUUCCAUUCACGAAGAACUGGAGAGUGAACACUAAGGACACUUGGGGUGGCUUCCUCUCUGAGCGUCGAAAGAUUCUCGAGGCUAUGUGGGAUGCUAGUAGCUAUGGAGUAGGCUUUGUGAUCUUAUCUGGAGACCGCCAUGAAUUUGGUGCGACAGCCUUUCCGCCGCCGAAGAACAGCACAUGGUCAGAGAGUGCGACCGUCCAUGAGUUCUCGGCAAGCCCCCUUAACCAGUUCUUUUCGCCUAUCCCUACCUACUCACAGACAGACGAUGAAGAUGUCCAGCUCAAAUAUAUAAACGCGGGCAACUCCAAGUUUGGUGCGAUCACCAUCGAGAAGUUCGCAGAGGGAGAGCAGAGCAGCUUGAAGUACACCGUCUAUAUUGAUGGCGAGGAGAAGUGGAACACCGUGAUAUUAUCGCCGGAAUCGUUACAUCCCGCCAAGACAGGGGGCUCUUUCUGGGACAGACUUAGGGGAAUUUGA